GCGCAGCCGGCAGCUGAGAAGCGGUGCGGACUCCAGUGGUUGUGUGGUGGGCGCCGUCCCGGUGGCGGGGAGCGCACUGCGGAGGGGGCAUGAGAUCGGAGAAAUCUCUGACGCUGGCGGCGCCGGGGGAGGUCCGCGGGCCGGAGGGGGAGCAACAGGAUGCGGGAGACUUCCCGGAGGCCGGCGGGGGCGGGGGCUUGUGUAGUAGCGAGCGGCUGGUGAUCAAUAUCUCCGGGCUGCGCUUUGAGACCCAACUGCGCACCCUGUCGCUCUUUCCCGACACGCUGCUGGGAGACCCGGGCCGCCGCGUCCGCUUCUUCGACCCCCUGAGGAACGAGUAUUUCUUCGACCGCAACCGGCCCAGCUUCGACGCCAUCCUCUACUACUACCAGUCGGGGGGCCGCCUGCGGAGGCCGGUCAACGUGCCCCUGGACAUCUUCCUGGAGGAGAUCCGCUUCUACCAACUGGGAGAUGAGGCCCUGGCAGCCUUCCGGGAGGACGAGGGCUGCCUGCCCGAGGGUGGUGAGGACGAGAAGCCGCUGCCCUCCCAGCCCUUCCAGCGUCAGGUCUGGCUUCUCUUCGAGUACCCAGAGAGCUCGGGGCCCGCCAGGGGCAUCGCCAUCGUCUCCGUGUUGGUCAUUCUCAUCUCCAUCGUCAUCUUUUGCCUGGAGACCCUGCCCCAGUUCCGUGCAGAUGGUCGAGGUGGAAGCAAUGGUGGUGGUGUGAGCAGAGUCUCCCCGGUCUCCAGGGGGAGUCAGGAGGAAGAGGAGGAAGAAGACGAUUCCUAUGCCUUUCAUCCUGGCAUCACCCCUGGGGGAAUGGUGCCAGGGGGCUCAUCCUCACUAAGUACUUUUGGGGGCUCCUUCUUUACUGACCCCUUCUUUCUCGUGGAGACCCUGUGCAUCGUUUGGUUCACUUUUGAGCUCCUGGUGCGCUUCUCUGCCUGCCCCAGCAAGCCAGCCUUCUUCCGCAACAUCAUGAACAUCAUUGACUUGGUGGCCAUCUUCCCCUACUUCAUCACGCUGGGCACUGAGCUGGUGCAGCAGCAGGAACAGCAGUCAGCCAGUGGAGGUGGUGGCCAGAAUGGGCAGCAGGCCAUGUCCCUGGCCAUCCUCAGAGUGAUCCGCCUGGUUCGGGUGUUCCGCAUCUUCAAGCUCUCCCGCCACUCCAAGGGGCUGCAGAUCCUGGGCAAGACCUUGCAGGCUUCCAUGCGGGAGCUGGGCCUGCUCAUCUUCUUCCUGUUCAUCGGCGUCAUCCUCUUCUCCAGUGCUGUCUACUUCGCAGAGGCUGAUGAUGAUGAUUCGCUCUUUCCCAGCAUCCCGGAUGCCUUCUGGUGGGCAGUAGUAACAAUGACCACGGUGGGUUAUGGGGACAUGUACCCCAUGACAGUGGGGGGCAAGAUUGUGGGCUCGCUGUGUGCCAUCGCUGGGGUCCUCACCAUUGCCCUGCCUGUGCCCGUCAUCGUCUCCAACUUCAACUACUUCUACCACCGGGAGACGGAGCAGGAGGAGCAGGGCCAAUAUACCCAUGUCACUUGUGGGCAGCCCACACCAGACCUGAAGGCAGCUGACAAUGGACUUGGCAAGCCUGAGUUCUCUGAGGGCCCCCGGGAACGGAGACCCAGCUACCUUCCCACUCCACAUCGGGUAUAUGCAGAGAAAAGGAUGCUCACUGAGGUUUGACCAAUGCAUAGGCAGGGCCUGCACGAGAAGGAUGGCGCUGAGCAAACGAUCUCUUAGGCUUCCUUCUCAUUCUCCACUACUCUCACCCUAGGUCCAGCUGACUUCCUACUCCCUCUCCAACACCCAGUGGAUGGCAGCCUGGACUGUCAACCUUGUUGCUUGUUCCCUGCAGCAUUCAAGGUUUAUCCAUCUAAGUGACAUUUUUGAAAUUCUAACGGUGCCGCCCAUCCAUGCCCAUCUUCUAUUACAUGGAUGAGAGUUCCAUCUGACCUUCCCUCAAGACUCUGAUUUUUCAUGUCUGGGACUUGUAGUAUCUCUAGGAACAGAGAUGUCAACAGGAUAGAAACCAAGCUUACCUGGGUUCUGUUUCUCUCCUUAGCUUUGGGGCAUGCACCUGUCUUACCUUCCAGCCGUGUGGUAACUAGCAGAAGCCAGAGGACAGAAAUAAUACUCAUCCUGCCAUUUUCCUCCAGUGCCCUGUAACACCUGCUGGUCAUUUGGCAGAGGACCCUUUGUAGAGCCUUUAGCUGUGCAGCCUCAAAACACAUUAUUCAUCUCUAAUCUUGGAUGGAAUUAGAGAAACUACUAUUAAACUUGGCCAUUUGGAGGACAUUAGAGUCAGCCCUGGACCAGAGGGGCCAGUGGGUUUUUCCAGGUGUGUUCUGGCACAGUAGACAUCAGUUUUUGGUCUGUGUUUAGUCCUCCCCACUAUGAUCCCCUGAUCUCUAGCUUCCAGGAAGGUUCCUCCUCAGAACCAAAUACUCUCUUUGUGCAGGUGCCUUCUUGUGCAGAGGAACUGGAAAAGGGGAACCACAGAGCCCAUAGAAAUGGCUGAAUAGAGUCAAGCACUUGGCUUGACUGCAUUUGUGAAGAGAGGUACCACUUAGACAUUGUCAUCUCGAAGGGGCAGAGGAAUUUUGUUGCAGAAGGCAAAUCUCUCUCCCUCGCUCCCCUCCCCCUCUGCAGCCCUCCACGCUGCUUCCUGGGAGUCUGACUUAGGCCUGCAGUUGAAGGCUUUCCAAAGCAAACUCCAGCUGAAGCCCGCAGACAAGUAAGAGCACACACUGAAUGCAGUGUGGGUCUCUGCCCAUUUUAUGGGCAAUGAGGUAGGUGGUUAGAGUGGGGAAGAAGCAUUACUCCUGUGCUCCCAGCCUCGCUAUGAGAGGUGUUUGUGCUGAGUCAAACAAACAUUGGCCUGCUCUGUCCCUUGGAGCUGCAGCCGACCUGCUCUCUCUGGUAAGAUAAUGUGGUGGUACCAGCGGGACGAAGCCAUCCUCUUCCCUUGUGAAGCCGCUGCCUUCCAUCCACCUGCCCGCUUCCCCUCAUUUCUCUCCUAGUACCAUUGUCGUUAGUUUAUUGCCUUGAUAAACCGUGCUGUACUGUUCUGAGCUCUUCCGGGUGCAGUUCAGAAACCGAAAGGACUGUUAACAUGUUUUUCAUUUUAUAUCUAUGCUUCAAGACUCUUUGAUGAGAAUUCUUUUUAAAAAAUUAUUUUCUCGAGCAACUUAUGAGGGAUGGCCUUUUGAGAGUUUUCUUGAGAGACUCUGUGGCUCCUGUGAGUGCCGGAUCUAAAUCUGGAUUUUGCCACAGUUUUACAGGGUAACUUUGGUGCCACGGUUCCUCCUUGUGCCUCAGUUUUCUCGCCCAUUAAAUGGGAACAUUAUUGUCUUCCCCUCCCUACUUCAUGGGGAAUGUCAAAUUCACCUGGGAAGCUGGGAAUGAUGCUAUGCAAAUGUGUGAAUUUUAGUAACAGACUUGACUUUGAGUUCAUUAUCCUUUUUCCCCUUUUCCCAUAGGCAAGGCCUCUCCCAGAGUUCCUUCUCUGGCUCCAAAGUCCAAGAAUAGGCCAUUAGCUCCUUAAAUCCCUCCUUAGCUUCUUGAACUGGGCCUCACUCUUUCUUCUUACCCUUCAGCAAGGAGGAUACACUUUAGACCGGUUUAGUGGGUCCUUCCAGGGCCAGAGGCCACCUUGAUUAGGAGCUUGGCUUCUCCGUGCCCAACCUGAAAUACAGUAGGAGAUAGAAGAGUUCAUAAUUCCCAACCUGCUCUGAAGCCAUAAAGUGCUGGUUUUCCAAAUCUCUUCGAUUACUUCUGGCUAUUUGGGGAAAGGAUGGGCCCGCUCCAGAGGGAAGGGGAUGCUCCCCGCUGAGGUAACUGUUGGAACAUGUGUGCAUGUAUCUCUGCGUAUGUGUGUGCGCUCAUCCUCCUCAGCAUCCCGAAUCAAACAUUGCCUUUUCAAGUCAGAGCACGCCUGAGAGGAAAGGGUUUGUGGAAAGCGGAGCUCUCCAGGGACUCUGGUUGCCAUAGCAACCUUCCAGACUGUUCUCUCUUUCUUCUGAUUUGGGCAGCAAGGGAGAACAGGAGACUACAUAGCCCCAGCUUCUGAAAUGGGAACACCUCCCGCAUAUUGGUUUAGGGACUGGUAGUGACAGGACAGGGAUGUGUGACCUUUGGAAAAUGACAGGGUAGCAGGUCCCCAAAACUUCCUCCCUGCACUUUUCUUCCUGAUUUCCCCACCCACUCAUUGAAGCUGCCUCAUCUCACCCCUGAUUCUUCAGAAACUUGAAUGCUAAGCAACUGCCAGUUAAACCAAUGUCAAUAUUACCCUUUUCAAAAUGACAAGGGGAGCCUUGGAGGGGACAUGCUCCUGGAGAGGCAGCCGGCUGGGUCUCGCCGAGAAUCAUAAUAGUUUCAGUCCAUAGUGUCAUGUUGUUCUCAACUCCUCAGAGACAGUCUCCACCCAGCUCUAAGAGAGAUGGAGACAAAUGAUGCUCCUUUCUCCAGAGAGUCCAGCUCUGUUCCUAGGAAUCUCAUAGGUGGCUCUUAAGAUGUUGAAGAAAAACUGAGAGGCUGUGACCUGACCUAGUUUCUGGGAAGGAUUUUUCCAAGUGAUCCUCCUCCGACUCUGAGCCUCUUCAUGUGGAUUUUGUGUCCUGAGCACCAAAAGCAUGUUCAGCCUCUGUGCCGCGACAGCUGGAGCGGUGAUUUCACAGCUGCCAGCGCAGGCAGGCCGCAGGCCAUCGCUGCACCUGACUCCAGCCGGCAGGAGCUCCCAAAGGUCUUCCUGGAUCUGUCAGCUUGGCUGAGAUGGGGGAUUGUCCUCCUGCCUGAUCGUCCCCAAAGAGAGAGAGGGACAGCUGGCCAUCUUUGCAUCUGAGAUUCCUAGAAGUGGAAUUGAUGUGCUAACAAUUAGGUACGCCUUAAAUGUUUCGACGUGUGUUACUGAAAUGUCCUCCAGAAGGUCGUGCCUGUGCUGGGCAAGGUUGCCAGACACAAUACAGGAGGCUCGGCUAAUUUGAAUUCCAGGUAAGCAGUGAAUAAUUUUUUGUAUAAGAAUGCCCCAAAUAUUGCAAAACCAUCUGACAUUCAAAUUUAACUGUGGAUCCUGUAUUUUUAUUUGCUCAACCUUCCAGUCUCAGACUCGGUCUAAACCUCAGUUCAUGAACCCAGUAGUGGCCCUGCAGCUUUGCUGCUGGGCUGGGAGCCCUGUGCCUCAGGUCUGGCCACCUUUGAGCAUCAACAGCCAUUCCCUCCGAAAUCUGGCCGUCUCCAGGGAUGCUCCCAUCUGGUGGAUCAGAAAAAAUUAUUUCCGUCUUGAAAAGUGAUAAUGAAUGGUUAUAGAAAGUGAGAGGCAAACAGAUAGAAGAAGCCGCCUGCUCUGAGUGAGUGUUUAUGGCACCCUACCAGCUCUGGAUUGGGUUGGGAGGGGCCACUGUUAAUGUGAUGGGAAUUAAAUACUAUCUUGUUUAAUUUGAAUUUUAUCAAUGAUUGUAAUUUACUUGCUCUUAAAGAUCAUGGUGGAAUAUUUUCAGCCAUAAAAAGAAGGAAAUUCUGCCAUUUGUGACAACAUGGAUGGACUUGAGGGCAUUAAGUGAAAUAAAUCAGACAGAGGAAGACAAAUACUGUAUGAUCUUAUUCAUACGAGGAAUUUAAAAAAAACAAGAACAAAAAAAUACUGAACUCAUGGAAAAAGAGAUCAGAUUUGUGGUCAGCACCCGUGGGGGGCAGGCGCAGGGGUUGGACGCAGGCGAUCAAAUGUCCACACUUGCGGUUAUAAGAUACAUCAGUGCUGGGGAUGCGACGCACAGCGUGAUGACUCCGGCGAACACUGCUGGACGGGGUAUUUGGAAGUUGUUAGGAGGGUAAAUCCUAAGAGAUCUCAUCACAAGGAAAAAUGAAUCUUUUUUCUCUUUUUGUGUCUGUAUGAGAUGAUAACUGAACUCAUUGUGGUAAUCACUUACAAUACGUGUAAGUCAAAUCACCAUGCUCUACGCCUUAAACUUGCACAGUGCUGUAUGUCAGUUAUGGCUCAACAAAACUGGACAAAAGAGACCAUGCGGAACACUGAGCCUUGAGAGAGCCCUGGCGCUUUUCCCGUGGCGUCUGCAGGCCCAGCUGCAGCCCUACACUUGUGGAGGCCGCUACUCCACCUCUCGGGGAAUGCACAGGGCUUGGUGACAUACCCCAGAGGAGCCGAAAAUUCUACCAAGUUGAAGGUUUCCGGGAAUGCCAAAUUCAACAUCACUCAUGGAAAUGGGAAAGGCUGGCACAGAGGUCCAAGCAAGGAGACCUACACAUACAUUUCUGAUAGCGGCUGGACAGAGAGGGCCCGGACCCUCAGCUUCUCCAGAAGACGAAUGAGACCCCUCCUUGGGCCUGACACCCCUGCGGUGACCUCCCAGAAGCAGUGACCAGGCUAGAAAAAGCUGAGAUCUGACCCACCGGCGUUAAAGAUAGGGCCCAGGAUGUUGGGGUGAGGCUGUAGGGGGAAAGGGAAAACUGGUAAUGUGGGCAAAAGAGAGCAGGUCUGGGAGGUCAGGGGUCAAGGGAUGCUAGAAAGUGCAUGGCUGUGCUACAGACCCAUCCAGGAAAAGGAUUGUUGUGGAAGACUAACGAAUAAACAUAUGGAAAGUCUCAGA